ACCGUACCCCUGGUGAAAAUUAGGGUUUGCCUGAAUCAGCAAACAUGCAGGCCCUCCAGCUAUCCGUGGCGCAUGGUGGCGUGUAGAAGAGCGAGUUGGUGGUGCUUCUAAGUUCCUCAAUUGUGUGCCAAAAUGGGUUCCUACGACGAGAGGCUGUACACCUCAGCUCCCAGCACGGCCCCUGCGCCUGGCGGGAUCCGCACGGAUCAAUCCUUUGCCCUCUUCAUGCUGUUCAACAUACCCGUGCGCGUCUCCUACUUCUUCCCAAUUGUCAUAGUCCUUGCAGUUCUUGACGGGCUGAGCGAGGGCUGGAUGUCAAUUCUCUGGUAUGUCACGUUGUUUGGUCCGCUCCUCUUUGGCACCGUUUUGGUACACGAGUUUGGGCACUCUUUGGCAUGCCUCAAGCUGGCCAACGGCCAUGUCGACCAGAUCCUUCUCUGGCCGCUGGGGGGUCUAGCGUACUGCGGGCAUGGUGGGUCUCCAAUCGACGACUUUAAGGUUGCCAUAUGCGGGCCUCUUACGCACAUACCGCAGACAGCGAUCUGGCUGGCCAUCCUUGCAAUCUCCCGGCCGGACGACGUGUCGCUGAACGUGUAUGCUCCGGUGGGGGACCAUUUCUGGACAAACUUAGUGGCGGCAGCCAUCAUGGUCAAUAUUGCGCUCUUCUGCUUCAAUCUGCUGCUUCCUGCCUACCCACUUGACGGUGGCCGAAUCUUGGCCGACUUGUUACUCUCAUGUGGAGUCUCUUCGAAGGUUGCUGCGAUCGUCACACUUUGCAUAGCCACUCCUAUCGCCGUCUUGAUCGUCAUGUAUGGAAUCUAUAAUGUUGCUAUCAUGACGAUAGCCGUUGGAGUCUGGGUCCUCUUCCAGAACUUCAGCCUUGCAGUGCUUGUCCGGAAUGGACAAGUCGACCAACAUCCUCUGUUCAGAGGAGUACAAAGUGGCACAGUCAAUCAAGUCGACUUACCACCCAUUUAGAGAUGUAGCGAUCGAGCAAUUGCCGACCUUGUACAAACUGACUGAUGAAGAACUUUCAGGUGUUCAAUGCUUCUCUGUCAAACGGUCGACCUGUUGUGCUGCAAGUCGAUGCAAAGCAUGGUGCAUCUCAAAUGAAAAUCUCGUUUUUGAC